AAAUAUACAAUAAAAAAGCAACAAGAAGAAGAAGAAAAACAGCAGCAAAAUAUUAUAAUAAAAAUUUUAUAACUUCAUCACGAAAAAUCUCAUCAUUAUCAUCAAACAGCAAACAAAAUAGAAAAGAGAAAGAAUGUUUAACGAAGAGAGUAUUCUUUUCCGGAUUUUCUAUUAAAAUACAACAACAACAAACACUAAAUAAUAAUAACAAAAAAUACAAAAAAACAAUUUCAUUUCAAAGCGAUUUUUAUAAAACAAAACGAAAAUAAAUUCAUACAAGAUUUUUAAAACGUGUCCAACAAAAUGGCCACAUCUCCCACACCGUCAAUAGACUCCAUACGUGGUACAAAUUCCAUUGAAUCCUAUAUUGAACAUAAUGGUUAUCUAUCCGAUUCACCACUAACAUUAAGCGGUUCCUCGCCACCGGUCAGUGACUCAGCCAUUUGUGAUGAUUUCUCAAAUGUCGUAGGACAAACAGUUGUGGGACAACAUCCUAUAUCAGCAUCAGUAUCAUCAUCCGCUUCGAGUACAUCAUCAGCAUCGUCCUCUUCAUCAUCGUCCUCAUCGUCGAGUUCGGGUUUAAGUGGUUGUGGCAGUACAUCUAGCAGCGCCUCAAGUACAUCAUCCAAUACGGGUGGUGGCGGCGGCGGUGGAGGAGGUGGUGGAGGUCCUGGUGUUAUAGGCAGCGGUAAGGGUAGUCCCUGUAAUAAUCUCUUGGGCACAUCGGUAAAUGGCAAUGUUAUAAAUGUAACUACGGCAAAUGGCACAAGUGCUGCACCACGUUGUACAGCCUGCAAAAGUAAACAAUCCGAUGCUGUGGCCAAGUGCUUUAAUUGUGUAAGUUUUUUGUGCGGUAAUUGUUGUACAGCUCAUGAAUUUAUGCAUUGCUUCAAUGGACACAAUGUUUGUUUGAUUAAGGGUUUUGAAAGUGGCACCACAACACACCCCGGCAGUAAUUCACAAUUGAGCAGCAAUCCCAUGGAUUUUAAAUUCUCCAGUUCUUUGACCAUGAUGUUGCAGCAACAACAGCAACAACAUCAGCAACAACAACAACAACAGCAACAACAGCAGCAUCAACAGCAGUCACAGCAACAAUUGCAAAAGGCUCCCACACAACAGCCUCUAUCGCAGCUGUCAAAGAUUGUCUUGAGUUCAGCCGCCGCAGCCGCUGCUGCAGCAGCUGCCGCCUCUUCCUUCAGCAAUGAUUUAAAUUCCAACGAUUCCUCGAUUAUGGGUCAGGAAGAUAUCUUCUCUAGUAUGUUACCCUCUAGUAUGCGUUCAUCGCAACAAUUGCUACCAGCUUCAAUGAGCCAACAACAAAUGCAGCCUCCACAACAGCCCUUGUAUUGUCAGCGCCACAAGAACGAGUACUUAAAGUUCAGUUGUCGUACUUGUUGUACUUUGGUGUGCAAAGAAUGUGUUAUCUUAGAACACUCCUCGGGCAUGCAUGAAGUUGAACAUGUACAGGAAAAUGGCUUAGGUUCAUUAAACCAAUUAGCCGGCCAAUCUACACCCGAGACAGUAUUACAAACUGUUUUAGCCGAUUUGCGUGGUAAAGUAGGCGAUAUUGUCUCUAUGGUAGGCAGCCAACAAACACCCGGAGAUAAUCAAAUCCUAAAUGGUUCGAAAAUUAAAAUGCAGUAUCAAAAAGCCCACAAUGAGGUUAAUGAAACCUAUCAAUUCUUCUGUUCUAUGUUGGAUGAAAGAAAACAGGAAUUACUUAAAGAAUUGGAAAGUCUAUAUAAUGCCAAGAUGAAUACCCAUUCAGCCUGGAUACAAAGAUCCAAGGAGUUGAUUGAAAAGACUUUACAAAGUUGUGAUGCUAUUGAAAGAUCACCCAAGGCUCAUUCCAUUACCGAGGUUUUAAUGUUGCGCAAAACAUUAGAACUACAAUUGCAGGCAGCUAUGCAGGAAUUACAAAUGCCUUUCGAAUUGGAAUUCAUGUCAAAUUAUCAAUCCAUACAGGCUGGUGUACGCAAUACUUUUGGCUAUAUCAGAGCAUCGGCUGGUGAUAUGGUACAGCAACAGGUUAAACAACCACCCAUUGCCAGACCCUCACAGUCGACAUCAUCAUCGUCAUCUCAUGGUGGUGGCUCUUCGAAUAGCAGUGUUACUGGUGGCUCACAUUUGCCCGGUGGCUUAGGUUUGUCUGCCAAUCUUUUGGAAUCUUCUUAUUCCAGCAGCUUGUUGGGCAAUAGAGCUAGUGUUUUGCAAGCAAAUCAUAAUAGCGGUUCCACUUUUGAGGAUUUAAUGACUAAACGUUUUAAUGCAGCCAAUUCCAAUAAUAAUACACCCUUUGUGGGAGUACCCGUUACCAAUCCCUAUGAGAAAUGGAGCAAUGGCGGCAGUGACAAUUUAUUCUCCUCUGCCCAAGAUCCCUUCUCCACCAGUCAAAUGCUAACAAAUGGUUUGACAGCCAAUUCAAACUGUACCACCGUGGCUACUGCUAAUGCCGGUUUGGCAGCCUCUGCUUUGGCUACCCUUAACAUGACUAAUGGCAGCGGUUGUUCCAGUUCUGAUUCUAUCAUGGAUUUAACUUCUAAAUUGCUAUCUGCUACCAUUUAUCCACCUAAAUCACAGAUUAAAAGACAAAAAAUGAUUUAUCAUUGCAAAUUUGGAGAGUUUGGCGUUAUGGAGGGACAAUUCACCGAACCCAGUGGUGUAGCUGUUAAUGCUCAAAAUGACAUUAUUGUGGCUGAUACCAAUAAUCAUCGUAUACAAAUCUUCGACAAGGAGGGACGUUUCAAAUUCCAAUUCGGUGAAUGCGGCAAAAGAGAUUCACAACUUUUAUAUCCCAAUCGUGUGGCUGUUGUACGCAAUUCAGGUGAUAUUAUUGUAACCGAACGCUCGCCCACACACCAAAUACAGAUUUAUAAUCAAUAUGGCCAAUUUGUGCGUAAAUUUGGUGCAAAUAUUUUACAACAUCCACGUGGUGUUACCGUUGACAACAAGGGCCGUAUCAUAGUGGUCGAAUGCAAAGUAAUGCGUGUUAUUAUUUUCGAUCAAAAUGGUAAUGUUUUACAUAAAUUUGGCUGCUCUAAACAUUUGGAAUUCCCUAAUGGUGUGGUCGUCAAUGACAAGCAAGAAAUUUUCAUUAGUGACAAUCGUGCCCACUGCGUUAAGGUAUUCAACUAUGAGGGACAAUAUCUAAGACAAAUUGGUGGUGAAGGUGUUACCAAUUAUCCCAUUGGUGUGGGUAUUAAUACAAAUGGUGAAAUACUUAUUGCUGACAAUCAUAACAAUUUCAAUUUGACCAUUUUCACUCAAGACGGUCAAUUGGUUUCGGCAUUGGAAUCAAAAGUUAAACAUGCUCAAUGUUUCGAUGUGGCUUUAAUGGAUGAUGGUAGUGUUGUUUUGGCUAGCAAAGAUUAUCGUCUUUAUAUCUAUCGUUAUGUGCAAGUACCACCAAUUGGUUUGUAAACAUAAUUUAUAUAUAUAUUUUUUUAAUUAUUAUUAUUAUUAUUAAUAACGUAUUUUUUUAUAUAGAAACAUAUAAAUUAUUUAAAAAACAACAACGUACAUUUAUUAUUAAUUUUUU